CUUCUCGUUUCAGGGCGCCAUCAGUAGUAGGGGUUCGGCAUAGUACACUGCGGCUGGAGACUGCGCAAUACGAUUCCAGCCUCAAAAUAGUGUUGGCUCGUCGUUAGGAGACGGUUGAAGCUGCGUGCUGGCUGGUGAGGUUAUUGACCGGGCGCCAUUCGCUACCGUUUCAUCUUGCCAGACAUCACUGUUCGCUCAACAAUAUCAAUUCCACCACGCUGUCAGCAUUCAGAAAAAUCUCUCAAGUAACACCAGCUGUCUUUUGUUUCUCUAAGAAUUUAUUGUGCAAGUCGGUAAAGAGUGUAGAGCCCGAGUGUGACGGCUCAAACGACUGUAUCACCACUAUCACGUUCGUAUAUAGGGUGUGUAAUGGCACGCAGGCACAGCAAGAAGAAAACCGCAACGCCGGCGCCGGCGCCUAUUGAGAAAAAGAUGAGACAGCACAAGCAGCAACAGCAGCAGCAGCAGCAGCAGCCAGCAACAGCAGCAGAAAAGAAAUCCGAAUCUCAGACUACUACAUGGUCGCGCAUCAAGCACUUUUCUAAUGACGUGAUUGCACCCUUUUUCCUCGUCUUUUUCACUCCAGCAAUCCAGAUUUUGGCACAUUUGGGAAACCCUGCCGCUCCAUUCCAAUGGGACAGAUUGCUGGGCAAUUCGUUCUCGUGGACGGCCGUCGCCGUUUUUUUCCUCUGGUCUCUGUUCUUCUUGCUGAUUCCCUCUCGUACUUUCGUCGGCCCACCUUCGCCCAUGGGCUACAAGCCAGAAUAUGCUGAUAACGGAAUGGUGUACUACACGGCAACUUUGUUUACGUAUUUGGGGCUCCACGUCAUUUAUCCUGAUUUGUCAUUGGACAUCUACGACAACAUGGCCUACAUUCUGGGUUCGCUGAAUAUUUUCGCCUUGACUCUGUGCACCGUUCUUCUCUUUAUGGGCAGGAAUCGGCCUCAAACUUCUGAAGUUCUGCCAAGAUCGCCGAUGCUGUUUGAAUUCUAUCGCGGAAUGGAGCUGCACCCACGUCUGCUAGGUGUUGAUGUCAAGCAAUGGACCAACUGUCGUGUCGGCAUGAUGAUUUGGCAAAUCUUCAUCGUUGCGUUCCUAAUUGCCGGGGGACGACAAGGGAUAAGUCCGGGCCAUGUAACUAACGUUCUCCUCCAGACCAUCUACAUAGCCAAAUUCUUCUGGUGGGAGACUGGCUACUUUAACACUUUGGACAUCACACUGGACAGGGCUGGAUAUUAUAUUUGUUGGGGAUGUCUGGUUUGGGUACCAGCUUUCUACACCUACUCAAGUUACUACCUAGUGGCAAAUCGGUCCCAUUUCUCUGCCCAAGGUGCCUUCGUCAUCGGAUUAUUAGGACUAUUAGGUGUUGUGGUGAAUUACUGGGUCGAUUAUGAAAAACAACUCUUCCGGGAAACAGACGGAAAGUGCCGUUUGUGGGGCAAACCAGCCAAAUUUUUGCCAACUGUCGAUAAAAAAACCAAAAAACCAAGUACCAAAUUAAUACUCUCCGGAUUUUGGGGUGUGGCGCGACAUUUAAACUAUACAUUUGAGUUAAUGGCGGCGUUGAUGUGGUGCUUCCCGGGGUAUGGUCAUGGAAUUUGGCCAUUUUUAUAUUUCUUUUUUCUGAUUGUGCUGCUAGUGCAUCGCUGCUACCGCGACGAGGAUAAGUGUAUGGACAAGUACGGCCCAGCCUGGGUUGAAUAUUGCAAGCGGGUUCCUUACCGAAUGAUUCCUUAUGUCUUUUAAAUUCGAAGCCACAUCCUAUUUCGCUGUGUCUCAAUCAAAAGUGUUCCUUCAAUAAUAAAUCACUGUGAGCAAAAGAA